GUGUCUCCUUUGAGAAAUUCUUGAAAAUCUGUCCGCCCGGCUUGCAGUCGCAGCACAUGGCGUUUUCAUCACAACGUACCAGUUCACUGCUUCUUCGCCAUGGAAGAUGCGCAAGAUUCCUAUGCUCUUCUUCCUCUUCUUCUUCAUUUCAAGAACACAUUAGUUUCAUUAAAGAUGUGGCUACAACUCAACCUCCUGAGCAUCUGUGUCAGCUUUUAGGAAUACUCAAUGCAAGAGGUGAAUCAAUUCUUUCUCCUGGAGCAAAACAAGGGUUAAUGCCGCUAACAAUUCCACUAUCCAAAAGCAGCUCAGGUGCUGUAACUGCAUUGCUCAGGUGGCCAACAGCUCCCAUUGGGAUGGAGAUGCCUGUGGUGGAGGUCUGUAAUCAUGGAGUUUGGCUUUUGGCCAAGAAUGUAGACCACUUUAUACACAGAAUCCUGGUAAACGAAGAUGCCAAUGGCUGCCAAAGCGGAAGUAAUGAGUUAUUUCAUGCUGCAUCCGAUGCUGGGGAUAAGCUUUAUAAAAAGGGCGACUUUUCUAAAUCUGGGAUUACAGAUAUAGAUGUCUAUCUUUUAAGAAAGGUUGGUUUAUUUCCCGAUGUCCUAGAACGCAUAGUGAUGAAGUACUUCAAGAAAGGAGACCAUGUUUCAGCCCUGGUGACUGGAGAAUUCUAUACAAGGAAACAGCAUUUUCCAGGAUUUGCGAGGCCUUUUGUUUUCAAUGCUCAACUUUUACAAAAGGUUGGGCGUAAUCUAGAAGCUAAAGAUGCCGCGAGGGGGGCCUUAAAGUCUCCAUGGUGGACUUUAGGUUGCAAGUAUCAUGAAGUUGCGCGUAUAGCUGAAUGGGAGGAUGAGCAAAUUGAAUACAAAACUAAAAAGUUGACAGAAGAGAGCAGGCUAGAAGAUCUUAACAGAGGAAAGCCGCCUUUCCAGAUCGCAUUGGAUGAAGCUGCCUUUUUGUUGGAUUUAGCUUCUGUGGAAGGUACUUGGGAUAAUUCUCUGGGGCAAAUUGCUGAAUGUUACAAGGAGGCUGGGCUCCAUGAUAUGGCUAGAUUUGUGCAGUACAAAGAGUGAUUGUUGAGGCAUGGGAAUUUUGUCUGCAACAUUUGGAUCUUCAAUUUUCUUGGUAUUUUUUUUCUUAAAAAUCAUUGAUGAAUCAGGGUUUGAUUGACCUCAGGACAAGUGUAGCAUGUUUUGCAACGGUUGAUCUUAAAUCUCUAACAGAGAAUUUAUAUUCUCUUGUUAGUGAAUAAACAAAAAUGAACAUUCCAAAUUGUUAACAAAUCCAGAGU